UUGACAGUGUGGCACUCCAGCUGCACGGAAGCUGAAAGGAAGCGACUGCAGAGGGUGACAAACACUGCACAAAAAAUUAUCGGCUGCCCUCAGCCCUCUUUGACUGCCAUCUACAACUCCCGUUGUCUCAGCAGGGCCAGAAACAUCCUGAGGGACGCCACCCACCCCGGCUUCCAUCUCUUCAACCUGUUGCCCUCAGGCAGGCGCUUCAGGCUUCUGACUUUCCAGGGCUUGUUCAAGUUUAAGUGCCCGGCCCUGAAGGAGGGCACGCUGCAGCAGUGCGGCGCCCUGUGGCCGUACCAGGAGGUGCGCCGGCUGGCCGUGCUGACCGCCCAGGAAAUGCACGACUUCGAGCAGAAGAUCGCCCGUCUGGCCGCCAGCGAGUUCUGCGACUUCAAAUCGGUGAGUGAAACCCGAACGAGCCCCAAGAAAGCUCAACUGCUUUACUGA